AAAAUAGAUGAUGUAAAUAUGGAAUAUAGCGUUCAGUUGACAUUUCGAGAAAGUUGGGUGGAUGGACGAUUAGCAUUUGGAUAUCCGCGUGAUAAUACACCUGAUUUUGUUAUUCUUACAGCCGGUCAACAAAUUUGGAUGCCUGAUUCAUUUUUUCAGAAUGAAAAGCAUGCUCAACGUCAUAUGAUUGAUAAGCCGAAUGUUCUUAUUCGUGUACAUAAAGAUGGUACCAUAUUGUAUAGUGUUAGGAUAUCACUUGUACUAUCGUGUCCAAUGCAUUUACAGUAUUAUCCAAUGGAUAUCCAAACAUGCCUUAUUGAUCUUGCCUCUUAUGCAUAUACAACAGAUGAUAUUGAAUAUGUAUGGAAGAGUAAAGAUCCAGUUCAAUUAAAAGAUGGUUUACAUUCAUCUUUACCAAGUUUUCAACUUAGCAAUGUUACAACAACAUUUUGUACAAGUAAAACUAACACUGGCACGUACUCAUGCUUACGUACCGUAUUGGAACUAAAACGACAAUUCAGCUAUUAUCUGCUACAAUUAUAUGUGCCGAGUUCGAUGCUCGUCAUUGUUUCUUGGGUAUCAUUUUGGUUAGAUCGUACCGCAAUACCAGCUCGUGUCACAUUAGGUGUCACCACUUUGCUCACCAUGACCACUCAAGCUUCUGGGAUCAACGCCAAAUUGCCACCUGUAUCUUAUACAAAAGCUAUUGAUGUAUGGAUUGGUGGUGAGUAA